GGUCUGGUUUAAACGAACCGUCUGCUGCUUCUGAGAAGAAAUAUUCGGACUUUGAGCAUGGAUUUGAGCGGAGCGAAGGCCGCAAAGUCAAGAUUCAAGAGGGUAUGCGUGUUCUGUGGGAGCAGCACUGGGAAGAGGAACUGCUACAGAGACGCUGCUCUUGAGUUGGCCCAAGAGCUGGUAGCGAGAAGGUUGGACCUUGUGUAUGGAGGGGGAAGCAUUGGGUUGAUGGGUCUGGUCUCUCAAGCAGUUCACCGAGGAGGAGGAAACGUUCUUGGGAUAAUCCCCAGAACUCUCAUGUGCAAGGAGAUAACAGGUGAAACUGUGGGAGAGGUGAGGCCAGUGGCUGACAUGCACCAGAGGAAAGCAGAAAUGGCUCGCCACUCCGAUUGCUUCAUUGCCCUUCCAGGUGGGUAUGGGACUCUGGAGGAGUUACUGGAGGUCAUAACCUGGGCUCAACUCGGCAUUCAUGACAAGCCUGUCGGGUUGCUGAACGUGGAUGGGUACUACAACUACCUCCUCACAUUCAUCGACAAGGCAGUGGACGAUGGCUUCAUCAAACCAUCUCAACGUCACAUCAUAGUCUCUGCACCGAACGCCAAGGAGCUCGUCCAAAAGCUGGAGGAGUAUGUGCCGGUUCAUGAUGGUGCCAUUGCUAGGGCAAGGUGGGAGUUUGAGCUCGAGCUCGAGCAACAGCAGCAGCACCAGCAGCAACAGGUGGUGUUGAAUACCGCCACACUGCAGACUGAAAUUGCUCUCUGAUGAAAGAGUAGUGAAGAAAAGGACUGUUUUUGAUGUUGGGGUGGGGGCGACUCUUCUAACUUUUUUCUCAGACACUGAUUUCUGAUGGGAAUCACUGAUGCAUCACAUACCAAAGCUGAUCUCUAUGCCCAACAAUGCUAAGUUUUAUGGUUGGGUGAUUAGGCCAUAAAUGGCAAAAUAGGAGGGGAGGGGGAAAGGAGUCUUCUGGUCAUUUUCUUUUGCACUUGAAAACAUGAACAUGAUGAUAGUAUUAUUGUCUCCUCCUACUCUCUUAAGCCGUGUUGAUCCCUCUCUCUC